AUGAAAUCUAAUCAUAUUCGAUAAAAACCUAAAUCAGAGGAAGAGCGAUUUGCAUAAAGAUUAUAAUAAGUGAAAAAUACAUAUUUAAUUGGAGCAGAUGAAAAAACCUUUGCACCUCGAAUAACAGCAAAAUCGUGGAUUAUUGUAGAUUCAUAGUCUGGCGAUGUUUUGUAUUCUUUUAAUGAGAAUCAAAGGAGGGAGAUAGCAUCAAUAACAAAAAUUAUGACAUUCUAUGUUGUAUUAAAUAUAUGUCAAACGAUGAAUGUGUAGACAAAUAAUACAUAUGCUGAAGUUAGUUUGUAGGCCAGUUUAGUAGGUGGCACUACUGCAGACUUACUUAAAGGUGAUAUUGUUUCUAUUGAGGAUUUGUUUUAUGGAUUGAUGUUACCUUCAGGAAAUGAUGCGGCGAUGACAUUAGCAGAAAAUUUCGGUAUUUAUGCUAUGUAUUAAAAUAAAAUUAAAGGAAAGAAUCCUUUGAUUUAUUUUAUACAAGAAAUGAAUAACAAAGCUCGAGAAUUAAGAAUGACUCAGACCACUUAUGCUAAUCCUCAUGGUUUGAACAAUAAAAAUAAUUUAUCAUCAGCUUAUGAUGUUUCUAAGCUUUGUAAUCAAUUGUUAAAGGAUGACUUUUUUCGUCAAGUUGUAAAUACUAAAAUCCAUUUUUCAACUAUUUAAGAUGAAGAAGGUAAUCAACUUAAUAGAUUUAUAAUAAGGGUUUACAAGAGAUAUUAUAUGGGAAAAUACAAAUAAAUUAUUGUAUUAAGGAUUUAAAGGAAUAAAAACUGGCAAUACUUCUGUUGCUGGUCCUUGUCUAGCAAGUUACUAUCAAACUACUAGUAGAUCUUUUACAAUUGUUAUUUUGGGAUGCAGAAAUUAAGAAGACAGAUGGUCAGAAACUAUGUAAUUAUUGCAAUGGUGUUUGUCGCAAAUUUAAUGA